CGGAGAUUAUUUUGUUUUAAGAGGGACCAUUCUUUAUUUUUAUUUUUGUUUUUUGGAGGCGUGUACGGCUGCAGGUAAUGGCAGAAGAGGAUUUACAAACCUUUACCUCUGUGAUGGACGCGCUGGUUCGGAUCAGUUCCAACAUGAAGAGCAUGGAAAAGGAGCUGCUGUGUCCGGUGUGUGACGAGAUCGUGAAGCAGCCCGUCCUCCUCCCAUGCCAGCACAGCGUGUGUUUGCUGUGUGCGGCCGAGGUGUUGGUACAAAGAGGCUACCCUCCUCCAGACCUCCCGCCGGAGCCCAGAUCCCCAGCCUCCACGCCGAGCAAUCGGUCCCCACGGCAAACGCACAGACCCACACCCAGGACUCCUGACCGCCUGGAGCGAGUCCUCAGAACAGUGUGCAGCACAUACCCAGGGCGGCGGCGGAAGGACACAACUCUCCCCCCCAUGAUCUUCCCCUGUCCUUCCUGUCAGCAGGAAGUGGAGCUUGGGCAGAGAGGCCUGUCAGACUGCUUCCGUAACCUCACUCUGGAGCGCAUCGUGGAAAGGUACAGGCACACUAUAAGUCUGGGCAGUAUGGCCAUCAUGUGUGCCUUCUGUAAACCUCCUCAGUCUCUGGAGGCCACUAAGGGCUGUGCUGACUGCAAAUCUAACUUUUGCAACGAGUGUUUCAAACUCUACCACCCGUGGGGAACCCCCCGCGCUCAGCACGAACACAUUCUACCCACCAACAACUUCAGACCAAAGGUCCUCACAUGCACAGAGCACGAGCAGGAGAGGCUGCAGUGGUACUGCCGCAGCUGCCAGCGACUGCUGUGUCCAGUUUGUAAGCUUCGCCGCGUCCACCAUGGACACAAAGUUUUGCCAAUAGCACAGGCCUACCAGGCCCUGAAGGACAAGAUGGCCAAAGAAGUCAACUUCAUUCUGACCAAUCAGGAGACCAUACAGAGUCAGAUCACUCAACUGGAAGCUGCAAUCAAACAGAUGGAGGCGAACAGCGCUGUGGCUCUGCAGCAGCUGACUCACUGCAUCAGAGAGCUGGGAGCAACUGUAGCCGAGCGCCAGGGGACUCUAACUCUGGCUCUGGAAGCAUCCAGAAGCAGGAGAGAGGAAGCCCUGUUCGGCCAGGCUUUUGAGAAGCAGGGUCUGCUGGAGGAGGCCGGCCUGAUGGCGUAUACUCAGGAACUGCUUAAAGAAACCGACCCCCCGUCCUUCGUACAGGCGGCACGCGUGACACACAACAGACUGGUUAAGGCCAUUGAAAAUCUGCAAUGCUUCUCCCUCGCAGCUGACACCUCCUUCAGACACUUUCACUUAGAUGCAUCCAAAGAGGUCAAGCUCAUCGACAGCUUGCAGUUCAUACAAGCGCCGCUCGCUCCCGUCAUCGACACUCAGAAGACACUGGCUUACGACCAGCUGUUUCUGUGCUGGCGCCUUCCUCAGGACUCGGCUUCUGCCUGGCACUUCUCUGUGGAGUUCCAGCGCCGGGCCGGGGGAGCCGGAGCCGUGUGGGGCGGCACGGGCUCCCCUAGCUCCUCCACGCCGUGGCAGCGGCUGAAUGAGGUGAAAGGGACCAGCGCGGUGAUCGAUCGACUGCAGAUGGACAGCGUGUACGUGCUCAGAGUCAGAGGCUGCAACAAGGCUGGCUUCGGAGAAUACAGCGAGGAGGUCUACCUGCACACGCCACCUGCCCCAGUCCUGAGUUUCUCCUUGGACUCUCACUGGGGUUUGCAUGCCGACCGUUUGGCGUUGGGCAAAGGCCAGACGUAUGCCCGCAGUGUGCCAGGUCUGUCCCUGCUGCAGGCCGCUGACCGUGCCCUCACCUCCUGUCACCUGACCUCUGACCUCCUGGUGGCAGACUUGGCUGUCACUCAGGGGAGACACUACUGGGCAUGCUCCGUGGAGCCGGGCUCCUACUUAGUGAAGGUGGGUGUCGGACAGGAAGCAAAACUACAAGAAUGGUUCCAUCUCCCUCAGGACAUGACGAGCCCGCGAUGUGAUGCAGACAGCGGCCAUGACAGUGGGGCAGAGGACGGCCAGGACUCCCCUCCCUUCUGCUUCCUGACCGUGGGCAUGGGCAAAAUCCUGCUCCCUCAAGGACACGCCCACACUCAGAGCCAGUGUGACAGCCAGAGCCACGGAGGCCUGUACUCCCACAGUAGCAGCCACAGCAACUUGCCCCAUUCCCACACCGCCCCUCUCCCACCUCGGCUGGGGGUGUGCCUGGACUGCGACAAAGGACGGGUGACUUUCUACGACGCGCACUCGUUGCGUGUCCUGUGGGAGGGACACUUGGAUUGCUCCGUUCCGGUGUGUCCGGCGUUUUGCUUCAUCGGCGGCGGAGCGCUGCAGCUCCAAGACCUGGUGGCCAAUCGGAGCGUCGAGGAGCCCCCUCCCCGGAGGGUAACGAUCCAAACACGAGCAACAAACCGGAGUAAAUAAACCGACCGUCGCUCAGGUCGUUUCUAGAGGACGAGGUCAAAUCUGAUCCAAUAGAGAUUUGACUGACUUGCUGCUAAAAAUUACACUUUAAAAUUACUUUAAAAUAUUAUCCGCUGUUGUCGUCAUCUUAGCAGAGCUUGUUUAGUGGCUGGAAUGAUUUUAGACUAUGCACAUCUCACAGAGGGAGUCCACACUUUUCUAUGGCAGGUUAUCAAUCCUAAAAAUAGAAGCAACAAAAAUCUGCUCUCCCUUUUCUAAGGUCUUCUGUGUUUUCCCCCGAGAAUGUCAGAAAAACAAGCUGCAUGCAGAUGUAACGAGGAGGCGGGGCUUACGUAUAUGCACACUACCGACUGUCGGCUCGAUUUUCUACCCGUAACAUUCAUGUAGCUGAAGAAAUGUGAACUGGAGUUUGAGGAUUUUUUUAGGUUGUUGCUUCUACAGCUGUAGAAGCAUCUUGCCUUUGCACUUCUAGAUUAUAACACAAUUCCUCACAAGAGAGGUUCAGAAUGAAUGAUAUUCUAUUAACAUGAAUGUGUUUUAUAUUUAACAGAAAUCCUGACUUAUGAGCGCAAAAAAGACAUGUUUGUGUGAAGAAUAACAAGUACACUUAUUGAUGAAAUAAGUCAACUUUACACAAUAAAACAUGAAUAUUAGCCACAAGCAGAGUGAUCAGUUAUAAGUGAAAAACAACGUAAUGAAGCAUUUGAAUGAACAAACCUCUAUGGUAAUGUUUUCAGCUUUGUAUUUUGGGAGGAACCCAUUUGUCUUGUUGAAAGGUGUUUGAAUUUUUCUACUUUCAUGAUUUCUUUCAGUGGUAAUCAUGAAAGUUCACUAAAAGUGGGGGAUUUGGGGCUUCAGACAACAUCCCAGUUCAUCCCAACGAGGACUUUCAAAUUAAUAAAAGUGGUGAAAACCACAGUAUGUGUGUUUAUGAAUAAAGUGUAGCUACUGGUUGACAGAAUCCCUGUUUUGAAUGUUUAUGAUUCUCAUUUGGAAGAUUCAAAUCUUGUGUUUUUAACAAAUAUCCAGUUAUUUCAUCAUUUUGUGUCAUAUUUUCCAGGUGAUCCCAAAACAGUUGAUCUUUUUAAAUCUUUUAGUAACUAUUUUUUCUGUUUGCUAUUAAUGUUAUGGACAAAUCAUAUUGAGUUUGAUCAUUUUGUGGGGUUUUUAAUUGCAGUUUUUCAGUACUUUUUGAUUACUCCUAUGAGCCAUUUUAAACUUUUGUGGUAUUUUUUUUAAUUAAUUUAUUUAUUGUGUAUCUAUUUUUACAUAUUUUACAUUUCACUUUAAUUGAAUACAAAUUCCCCCUUUUGGUUCUUAGAUCUGCUCAGCAGUUCGUCCGUGUGUUCUUGUUCCCGCUGAAUGAAUUUCUUCUACUUGUGCCAACUCUUCUAGCAGCAGCAUUUCAAAAUGUAGGAAUCUGCUUGCAAAGUGUUUCCAUCAUGUCAUGAGAAAAAAAAUCAAUAAAAGGCUGACAACUGC